AUGAAUGACGAUACAAGAAUGAAUUUAUCAACAACAUCGUGCCCAUACAAUGCAAGUUCAUGCUAUUAUAUUGAUAAUGGAGAAAACUGUUUAUCAGACAAUAUGGUACUUGAAUUAAUUUUAAAAUAUGUUAGCAUCACAUAUUAUGAAUGGGUAUUUAUUAUACUUUAUGUUAUCGUUUUUAUUGUUGGUACAAUUGGUAACCUACUUGUAAUUAUUGUCAUACAGCGUAAUCGAAGUAUGAGAACAGUAACCAAUAUAUUUAUCAUGAAUUUAGCUGCAGCUGAUUUAUUAGUUCUUGUAUUUUGUUUACCAGCGACGGCUAUUCAAGAUGUAACUAAGACGUGGUUUUUUGGUUUGGGUCUUUGUAAAUUCGUCAAUUAUAUACAAAAUAUGUCAAUAUCUGUAUCUGUCCUUACACUAAUGGCUAUUUCAGUGGAACGUUAUCAAGCUAUUGUUCAUCCUCUUAAAUUUACUGGUACUAAACAACGUGCACGGAUUUUAAUUCUGUCCGUAUGGAUACUUUCCCUAUUACUUGUUCUUCCAGACGCUAUUAUGAUGACCCUGAGUCGACAAUUCGGUGAUCAAAUUGAAACAAUUUAUUUGACAUAUUGUCAAUGGGAUGCUCAUCCGGUUUUUGAUCUUAUUUAUCAACUACAUAUAUCGUUUUGUUUAUUUAUAAUUCCACUUUGCUUGAUGGUUUUCACAUAUUCUGGCAUUGUUAAAGUUCUUUGGGGUUCAUUGCCCAGUGAACGAGUAUUGAAUGAUGAAAAACGUGCUAUCUAUUCAAGUCAAUAUAAACUAACAGUUCACUCCGACGAGUCUCUUACCAACAGUCCCACAAAUAACAAUAGCGGUUUAAUGAAUACAAAUAAAUCAUCGAAUUUAACCGUACAAGAAAAUCGACAAAAAGCAGCUAAAAUGCUAAUCUGUGUCGUUAUCAUAUUUGUCAUCUGUUAUAUUCCAGUUCAUGUAUUUAAUUUAUUUCGAUAUAUAUUUGUCUACUUGGAAUAUCUAAAACGUCCAAUGACGGCGGCUAGUAAUAGUACAAGUGAAAUUGUUGACUGUUUUGAACCGAAAAUUGUUGCACUCGAUCGUACUGGAACAAUUAAAAUUAUAACGCUUAGUGCAUUAAUAUCUCAUAUUCUCCCCUAUUUCAAUUCAUCAAUUAAUCCUAUCAUAUAUAAUAUGAUGAGUGAUAAAUUUCGUUUGAAAUUUCGUGAACUAUUUUCAUCGUGUUGUUGUUGCUUGGAAUCCGUAUUAAGAUUGAAAUCAACAUCGUCAUCAACAAUAAUACAAUUAAAAGCAUUAGGUGCGCAGCAAAUAAAUGAACAAGCAGUGAUGCAAAAUACAAAUCGUUAUCGCCGGAAGAAUAGCCAUCAAUACAUCACAACUAAAUAUCCAACUGGCGCCAAUGGAAGUGGUCUAGCAUCGUCUAAUCCUUCCAAGAAUAAAAUUGCACGACAUAGUAGAAUCAAUACAUACGUGCAUAAUGGACCUAUUGCUAUCAGAUUGACUAAUGUUUAA